AUGGCGGCGGGAGCGUCACGUGAGGCUCGCGGAGGCCCUCGUAGCAUGGAGGCGGCGGGUGGGGCGCGCGCAGCCGAAGAGGUCGAGGAACAAUUAGUUGUGGUAGAAUUGUCUGGAAUAAUUGAUUCAGACUUUCUGGAAAAAUGUGAGAAUAAAUGCAAGAUUUUGGGAAUUGACACAGAGAGACCUAUUUUGCAAAUAGACAGAUACAUCUUUGCUGGAGAAUAUGAAGAUACUCUUGGGACAUGUGUAGUGUUUGAGGAAAACCAUGAUCAUGAUAUGGAAGGCAACCAGAAAUUGCAACUAAAAUAUAAAUGCCACACAAUGAAGAAGCUAAAUAUGACACGCACACUUCUGAUUGAGAAAAAGGAAGGGGAAGAGAACACAGGAGGUGGCAUAGAAUGGCUAGAGCUUAGGGACAAAGACUUCUCAUACAGCAGACCAAACAUGAUUUGCAACUUCUUGUAUGAAAAAGACGAUGAAACAGCUGAAUCCCAGGACAAGCUGGCAGAAGAGUCUGAGGGAGAAGCCAGUGACAAAGGAAACAUGGAUUGGAAUUUGGAACCCAGGAUUCCGCCUGACAUUGCAAACAAUGACGCUGAACCUCUUUUGGAUACCCCAGAUCCCAACUCAGAGAAUCCUUCUACAGGGAACAGUCAGAAUAUUGCCUCAGAAGAGACUCCGAAUUGAUAUAAGCUGUUUGGUUCAUAGCAAUCACUGACUGAUACCUGAUUUGUACAUAUUAUCGUUAGACUCUGAAUGUAUAGGCAAAUUAUUUUAUGAAACUUUUGUUAGGACCACAUUCCUUUUGUGAUAUUGAUCCAAUACAUUCCCCAAGUUCUCUGCACCUCUUCAUCAAACAAGAUGGUAAGCAAAGUGGAGAGUGGAAAGAGAGUGGCUUCUGUUGAACCCAGAAGUCUUUAUUUGAUUACAGACUCUCUUCUCUCGCCUUCUCCCAAUUAUUUCUUUUGCUUACUGUCUUGUCUGGUGAAGAAUUCUGGAGAACUCAAACUUGUGCCCUAUUUUGUGAUCUUGAAUUGAUACAAUAAAGAUACAAUUCUAA